AUGGCAUCGUCGUCCAUCAAUAAACAGGACGGUGGCGACACUCGCAUAAGGACUAGUCAAGGUGAAACAUUUAUUGCGGCUACACAACGACCAGAUGGAACAUGGCGAAAAGCACGUCGUGUGAAAGACGGGUAUAUUCCGCAAGAAGAACAACCGAAAUAUCAAAAUCCAAGCCAAGUAGCGGCUUCAACCCGUGGGCGGGUGGUGGUAGGAAUGACUCCACGUAAUAUGCAGCAGGCAACUGCUGGACCUCGAAAGCCCAUCGCAGCUGUAUUUCAACCAAAAGCGGCUAUAACACCACAAGAACAAAUUCAAAAGAAAAUCGACAAAGUAAAAUUGAAACUGACGGAAAUAGCAAAGCUUGAGGAACGGAUAAACAGUGGAGAAAUUAUUCCGUUACCGAAUCAAAUAGCAAAGGUCGGUCGGAAGACGGAAUACGAGAGCGAGAUCGAAAAGCUCACGGAAGAAAUGGAAAAACUAUAA